AUGGCAGCAGAUGUGGGGAAGAGUCUUCUUCGGGAGGUUGAAGAGGCUGGCUUAGGGGAGUCCAUCAGAUUCGAAAAUGAGCCAAAAGUACAGCCUUUCAACUUUUCACCACUAGAUAGGCUACUGCAGGCAGUCACCGAAGCACGACCUACAACCAAGGGCACCACACCGCAACCACUUGUCGAGAUACUGUCACCAGCAGCAGGCGAUGGGAAGACGCAUCUACUCUACCAUCUGUGCGCUCAAGCUGUGCUCUCUCGUCGUCUAGGCGGCAAGCAAGCAGCUGCGGUGGUGAUUGACACCACUGGCCGGUUCGAUGUCCCACGCUUAGCGAUACAGAUACAGAAACUCCUGCGAGACAGAGUGGAACAGUCUGCGAAUGACCUGGACAUCGAUGGCGAGACUCUGAGCGCACUAGAGCAUAUUCACAUCUUCCGCCCACAGGCACUCGACUCGAGGUCAGCAACUCUCGAUGCGUUACCACUCUACCUCUUCGACCAAAGUCGGCACCACUCCUACGACAGAGAGGUCGCUUUCGUAGCCCUUGAUCCCGCCUCAGCCUUCUACUGGCAAGAUCGAGCUGAAUCAGAGGAUGCCGCCUUUCUAGCUUCGACGGAAACAAUACAUCCACCCGCUCCUACUCGUGGUGGCUAUACUCGACUCUUCGAAUCACUAAGGACCGCUUGCAAGACUCUUUACUGCCCAGCUGUAAUCACCACCUGGCAUCUUGGUCCAGCCCGUUCCACACACAGCACCCCGCGAUCCUUCCGGCCUCAGCUGCCAGGAGUCCAGCCCACCCUUCGUCUGGUGGUUCGCAGGCUCCUGGUUCGUAAAUUUCCGCCUGGUAUCAGCUUGGAGCAAGCUAUGCGAGAAGGGCCGAGUCGGCAGAAGGCUGUGGAGGACGGCAAGUUUGAGUGCUUUGUCAACGAAUGGGAAGUGGAUGACAAGCUUUCGCGGGCAUUGAAGGAUAGAGGGGGUGGUUUCGGCUUCGCAAUUAAGGACGGUGGUAUGACUAUAGCAGGAGAGUCAGGAGAGGAAGAGGGCAACGAUGUUUCUGCUUAA